UGAACGUUGAUGGUUCGGGUAAUUCUGAAGAAUGGCACCCAGUUGGAAACCUGCUCUUCGUCUUGCAAAGACCGGUGGCGACGGUCCCUCUGCACCAGGACCACAGAGAAAACACCGGAAGAAACAACAGGUCAAACGGAAAACCAGCGUCCGAGGAGACAAACAGAAGCAACCCAAAGCCAAGAGGUUUAACAACCGUCGCUGCUUUAAAUGUGGAGAGGGAUUCCCCCGGGAAUAUGAGCUGUUGCUCCACCUGCAGACACAUCUGGAUUACAACUGCUACGUGUGCGGAACGCCGUUCGACAACCAAGAGCUGCUGCAGAGACAUCAGGAGGAGCACGCCGAGGAGAGUCUGGGUGUGUUCUCUGGUGAGGCAGCAGGUCCAACUACAGGGCAGCGGCGGGGGAGAGGGAAGAGGACUCACCGGUGUCCGACCUGUGGCAAAGAACUAUCCGACGCGUCCAAGCUGAAGCUGCACGUGAGAAUCCACACCGGGGAGAAACCGUACUGUUGCUCCCUGUGCGGAAAGGGUUUCACUCAGCCAGGGAACCUGAAAACGCACAUGAAAACACACCGAGACGGGAACCCCAGUUUGUUGUCUGCUGGUGGGUUAGGUCCGUCUACGUCAAGAGGUCCUGAAAACCACCAGGAGAAUCACACCGUCGCCACAUCAGCAGCUCAGGAGAACUUCAACUGUCCAGAUCGACCGUCAGCGCAGAAACACAUGACGUCUCAGGACAGCGGAGAGAAGGCCUCUUUCUUCUGCUCGCUGUGCGGGGAGCAGUUCUCUGAGAAGGCACAGUUGGAAGAACACCGGUUGGCUCACAACAACAAGAAGCCUUUCCCCUGCCCUGACUGUGGCAAGAGGUUCCGCAGUAAUUACUACGUCAAGAUCCACAUGCGAAUGCACACCGGGGAGAGGCCUUACCAAUGCACUGAGUGUGGGAAGGGCUUCAUCACAGAAGAAGGGCUGAAGAAGCACGAGAGCGCUCACCGGGGAGAGAGACCCCACCUCUGCCCCGAGUGCGGAAAGAGAUUCAAGCAACAGUCCCAACUUACAUGUCACUUCCGUAUGCACACCGGACAGAAGAGCCACCUCUGCUCCGUCUGUGGGAAGAGUUACUUCAGAGAGUUUGACCUCAAGGUUCACCUCAGAGUCCACACGGGAGAGAAGCCCCAUCAGUGUGAGGAGUGCGGGAAGAGUUUCUACUAUCUACAGGGGCUCCGGCAGCACCAGAGGACCCACGCUCCCAAGCCCAUCGGACCGACCCGCCAGCUAGGCAGGCCUAAGCAGUUGUCCAGCGCAGACAUACCGAACCAAUCACCCAGGACGGGAAGGCCCAGGCCAGCUCCUAGAGUAGAGAGACUCAUGCCUCUACCCAGAGUGGAGAGAUCCAUGCCUCUUGGCCUACCUAGAGUUGAGAGACCCAUGCCUCUAGGCCUACCUAGAGUUGAGAGUGAUCUGGAGAGACCCAUGCCUCUAGGCCUACCUAGAGUUGAGAGUGAUCUGGAGAGACCCAUGCCUCUAGGCCUACCUAGAGUUGAGAGUGAUCUGGAGAGACCUCACUGGCAGUACUGGCACCUUUAAAUGGGAAAUCUUCCAUUUUCAACGCCGAUACAAUUAUUGGAGGACCAAAACAAGCCGAUACUGAUUAAUCGGACGAUUUUUAUAUAUAUGAGUGUGGUAAUAUUUGUAAUAAUGACAAUUACAACAAUGCUGAAUGAACACUUAUUUUAACUUAAUAUAAUACAUAAAUAAAAUCUAUUUAGUCUCAAAUAAAUAGUGAAUCAUGAUCGAUUUGGUUUAAAUCAUGCCAAAACACAGUGUUGGAGAAGAAAGUAAAAGUGCAAUAUGUGCCAUGUAAAAAAGCUAACGUUUAAGUUCCUUGCUCAGAACAUGAGAACAUAUGAAAGCUGGGUGGUUCAACAUUCCCAGUUCUUCAAUGUUCCCAGUUAAGAAGUUUUAGGUUGUAGUUAUUAUAGGAGUUAUCACAUGUUGACUAUUUCUCUCUAUACCAUUUGUAUUUCAUAUACCUUUGACUAUUGGAUGUUCUAAUAGGCACUUUAGUAUUGCCAGCCUAAUCUCAGGAGUUGAUAGGCUUGAAGUCAUAAACAGCGCUGUGGUUCAAGCAUUGCUAAGAGCUGCUGGCAAACGCAGUAAAGUUUGAAUGUUUACGAGCCUGCUGCUGCCUACCACCGCUCAGUCAGACUGCUCUAUCAAAUCUCAAAUCAUAGACUCUAUUAUAAUAUAAUAAACACAGAAAUACGAGCCUUUGGUCAACAAUAUGUUCAAAUCCGGAAACUAUCAUUUCGAAAACAAAAUGUUUAUUCUCUCAGUGAAAUACGGAACCGUUUCGUAUUUUAUCAAACGGGUGGCAUCCCUAAGUCUAAAUAUUGCUGUUACAUUGCACAACCUUCAAUGUUAUGUCAUAAUUACGUAAAAUUCUGACAAAUUAGUUCGCAACGAGCCAGGCGGCCCAAACUGUUGCAUAUACCCUGACUCUGCGUGCAAUGAACGCAAGAGAAGUGACACAAUAUCCCUAGUUAAUAUUGCCUGCUAACAUUCAUUAAUUUAAACUAAAUAUGCAGGUUUAAAAAUAUAUAAUUCUGUGUAUUAAUUUUAAGAAAGGCAUUGAUGUUUAUGGUUAGUUACAUUCGUGCAAAGAAAUGACCCCUAAUUAACCGGCCGACCUCUAGUUUGAACUGCAGAUUGCGCUUUUAAUCCCCGCUACGUUGCUGACAACAUGUAAGGCCAGUUUGAACUGCAGAUUGUGCCUUUAACCCCCGCUAUGUUGCUGACAACAUUUAAGGCCAGUUUGAGCCUUUAACCCCCGCUACGUUGCUGACAACAUGUAAGGCCAGUUUGAGCCUUUAACCCCCGCUACGUUGCUGACAACAUGUAAGGCCAGUUUGAACUGCAGAUUGUGCCUUUAACCCCCGCUAUGUUGCUGACAACAUGUAAGGCCAGUUUGAACUGCAGACUGCUCCUUUAACCCCCGCUACGUUGCUGACAACAUUUAAGGCCAGUUUGAACUGCAGAUUGCGCCUUUAACCCCCCCGAUAUGUUGCUGACAACAUGUAAGACCAGUUUGAACUGCAGACUGCUCCUUUAACCCCGCUACGUUGCUGACAAUAUGUAAGACCAGUUUGAACUGCAGACUGCUCCUUUAACCCCCGCUACGUUGCUGACAACAUGUAAGGCCAGUUUGAACUGCAGAUUGCGCCUUUAACCCCCGCUACGUUGCUGACAACAUGUAAGACCAGUUUGAACUGCAGACUGCUCCUUUAAUGUUGCUGACAACAUGUAAGGCCACUUUCCCGGACACCGAUUUAAGACUAGUUCUGCAUUUAAAUAGCAUGUUCAAUAGAGAAACCGAUUGUUGCUCCAUGGGGCCGUUAUGUAUCAUGUGUCUCAGAGUAGGAGUGCUGAUCUAGGAUCAGGUUCCCUCUGUCCAUAUAACCGUAUUUAUUGGGAUCUAAAAAGGGGGAAGCUGACCAUCAAUCAGCACUCCUACUUUAAGAUGCUUCAUACAGACAGCCUUUGGACCAGACUUAAUCUAUAUCAUCUUCAUACAGACGGCCUUUGGACCAUACAGACGGCCUUUGGACUAGGCUUAAUCUAUAUCAUCUUCAUACAGACGGCCUUUGGACUAGGCUUAAUCUAUAUCUGCUUUAUACAGACGGCCUUUGGACCAGACUUAAUCUAUAUCAUCUUCAUACAGACGGCCUUUGGACCAUACAGACGGCCUUUGGACUAGGCUUAAUCUAUAUCUGCUUUAUACAGACGGCCUUUGGACUAGGCUUAAUCUAUAUCAUCUUCAUACAGACGGUAUUUGGACCAGGCUUAAUCUAUAUCAUCUUCAUACAGACGGCCUUUGGACUAGGCUUAAUCUAUAUCAUCUUCAUACAGACGGUAUUUGGACCAGGCUUAAUCUAUAUCAUCUUCAUACAGACGGCCUUUGGACUAGGCUUAAUCUAUAUCAUCUUCAUACAGACGUCCUUUGGACCAGGCUUAAUCUAUAUCCGGGAAACCAGACAGAUCUAUUAUCUCUGUGGUUAAUCUCACUACUUUUGUCUCGACUGUUAAAAGUAGUGGGAAUUCAUGUGCCUUGCUAGCAUCAGAUCAGAUUGUAUUUGGCACCUGCUCCGAAAACAACACGACCUUACAGUGAAGUUAAGAAAAGACCUAAAAAUAAAAAAUAAAGUAAAAAUAACAAAUAAUUAAAGAGCAGCAGCGGUAAAAUAACAAUAGCGAGGCUAUAUACAGGGGGCACCGUUAUUUAUGUGUGUUCCUCUUCUCCGGGCCCCACCACAGUUACGACAGAGGGAUGCUAACGAGACGCCGUUUGCCUUGAGAGUUUCACUUGUAGAGGGUCCGCACAACAAAACCAAAACAUGAUCAAAAUGAUUUGUAUGCUCUUCUCCUAAUUCUGACUGAGGAGGGCCAAGCACCAAGGUUCAGGCUGUCAUGUCAUCAUCAGUGGGAGGCCACAUAGAGGUGCACUAUUCCUUUACCUUCAGGUUCUGGGAGUGGGUUCUGGGAGUGGGUGAAAAGCCAAGCAAGUGUUAUUUUACUAUGAAGAUUUGUGAUCAACGCCUUUUAAAAAAUUUAUGACCAUCCGUUGAGUCGGGACGCUUGUCUGGUUUACACUAAAUAUACUAUUUGAAUAACUUUAAUUGUUAUUAUUGUCAUAUUACUCUGUUGAAUUGUCUCUCAUGCAUAAGCACUUAAAUGUUUUCUUCUGAAGUUCUCGCAGACGGGUCUCGGUGUCUGUGUGGAACGUCACCACCUGAUUACAACGGUACCUGCGCACAGUAGUCGUGUCAUGAUUAAAUAAAUCAUUGCAAUGAUUAAAAAAAAAA